UUAGGGUUUGAGAUCAACUGUGGCACUGAUAACAAAUGUGUUGAUAACCUGAAACUGGAUUUCAACUUCACCAGCUUCAUACUCCACAGAUCCUCAGAGGUUAAAGUGGGUAUUGAUGAGCUUUUGGUUGUCACAGUCUCAGUGGAGAAUAGAGGAGAAAACUCCUACAACAGUCGUGUUAUUCUCACGUACCCAGCUGGACUCUCCUACAGGAAGUUCACGAGUCAGCAGGGAAGAAUUGGGUGCAACUCCUUGGACAGUGAAGAUGGUUUAUCCCGAGGAAGGACAGACUGCACUAUUGACAAGCCAAUUUUCAAGAGCAAAACUAAGGUUUUCUUCAGUAUCACAUAUGGGAUUGAAACAAACAGUCAACUUGAGAGGGAGAUCUUUGUCACUGCAAAUGCCACCAGUGGAAAUCAGGAGCAUGCCACUACAAGUGAACUCUACAAACAGAAAUCAAUUGAUGUGAAAUACAGCAUUUUUCUCACAUUUGAAAGCUCCUUCAGCAGCCAUAAUUUCACCCCUGGAAUGAAUAAUUCACAGGAAGCAUUCCAACAAAUAAUCAAGAUUACAAACUAUAUCAGAGCAUUUAAUUUCACUGUGGUGAUCAGGGUUCCAGUGAAGCUUGGUGAAAAAGACAUUUGGGUGGAUUUGAGCAGCCUACAGAUUGCAAACUGUCAGAGAGGAAAUGAUGAAGAACCACUUAACAGAGAAUUUGUUGCUGAAAUACAAAAACAUAAAGUAGUGGUAAGUAUGCUUCCACACUUUUCCUGCUGUAAUUUAACCUAA